AUGGCUGGAGGAGCAGGGGAACCUCACACCCCCCUGCAGCACUCCCGGCUGCGGGCUGAGGAGAAGACCCUGGAUUUUGAGUUUGAGGUGGUGAGCGCCCAGUUCAACCAGCGGGGUCGCUACUGCCUGCGGCUCACGGUGGAGAACCCGCUGCUCCAGGGCUCCGGGGCCGGCGUCCAGCUCCGGGUGGGCAGAGGGGAAGUCAUCCAGAGCAGCACCUGCACCACUGACAUCAUCCAACAGGGUAACCUUGACCAGAUCUACUCCUUCCAGAGGAGGAAAUUCACCUUUACCCUGCCCAGAGGUUUCUGCAAGAACGACAAGAACCACGACGUGCGGCUCCACCUCGAGGUCCUGCGGUUCCCGGCGAGAGCAGAGAGGGCGAAGAGGAGCAGACGGGUGGGAGAAGCUUACUUUGCCAUCUACCCCCGCCCCGACCAGCCCCGAAUGAAGCUCUCAGCAGGGCGGGACGAGGACUGGUACCGCUACAGCUCGGUGCUGGCUUUGCUGCGGGCGGGCAGCGAGCAGCCUGCCAUGCACUGCGGCCGUCUGGCUUUCACCGCCUCCCUGCAUGAGCACCGGCCACCCCCUCCGCUCUCCCCCCCCCUUCCGCUGUCCCCCGGCACCCAGAGGGACCGCAGAGGGGCUGGCACUGCCCCAGCAUCUUCAUCAUCCCUGGCCAUCCCUGCCCUCAGCCGCUCGCUGCCGACGCCUGAGUCUGCUUAUCACUCGCUGCCCCCCGAGGGUCGUGCCCGCUCCCCCCAGAGACUUCGGGCUGACCCUGCGCUCAGCUCCUCCCCGGAGCUCCCGGGUGAGUCAGCAGAGGAACGUCCUUCCUCCUCCUCCUCCUCCUCCUCUUCCUCGCUGCCUGCCCCAAGGCGAGCGCUGAGCUGCAGCAGCUUCCACCUCUUCUCUCCAGGCUCCAGCCCAGACCUGGCCUCCUCGCUGGUGCAGGUAUCCGAGUCCCCUGCUGGGAGAGAGGAACCCAGGCCUGCAGGGGGGGCUGGCAGGGGGCAUGUGGCCCAGGUGGGGAAAGAAGCCAUCACUGUCACCCUCCACGGUGCCACCAACCUGCCAGCCACACGGGAGGGCCGGGUGCCGUGGCCCUAUGUCAUCGUUAAGACCAGCAGAGGGGAUGAGCAGAAAGCAGAGACCACACGUCCAUCCUGGGUGCCCACCCACUCACCCAGCUGGGGGGAGGAGCUGACGGUGGAGAUGGAUGCUGAAGACGUGGGGAGGGCAGCCCUGACUCUCACCCUGGCAGACCAAGCCACCAAAGAGGCCCUGGGGACAUUCCAGCUGCCAGUGAGGCACCUCCAGCCCUUCCAGCCCCACCACUGCAGGCUGGUGUUGCCCAGGCCACAGGACCCCGUGGGGACAGUCCUGCACGUCACCAUCACCCGCAAAAGGAGCUUCCUCCCUCCCUGCCCUGGAUUCAGCCACCUGGCCCUGGAGGUGCUGCUGCAGGGGUUGUCAGCCCCCUUGGCCAACCCCCCGGGGGUCCUGGUGGCCGUGGCCAGAGUGGUGACCAAGAUGCAGGAGUACAAGCACCUCAUGGAGAAGCAUCCCAUGGCCUGGCCAGGCGUCAGCCCCACCACCAUCACCUUCCCAGACCCUCCAGCAGCAGCUUUCAGCAUCACCCCAGCUGCCAACACUGGCUGCCCACAGAUGUCCCGACCAGCUGGGCCCUCAGAGCAGCCAACCUGGGACACUUCUUUCCUCUUCCAAGGCCGAGACCUGGUCACCAUCUUCUCUGAAGACACAGCCCUGGUGAUCGAAUAUUAUCCACACAAAGCCAUAUGGGAGGCUGCAGGCACCCUCAUUCCCAUGGGAUACUCGGUGCUGCCCCUCACCAGCCGUGUUUUCCGGGCGCUGGUGGCACGGAAGGGCAGGAUGCAGGUGGAUGGCCUGGCUGUGCAGGGCACCCACCUGAAAACCACCAGUGGGGCCAGCCCGACCGUGGGGCUCUGCCUGCAGCUCCUCCCAUCAGAGCUCCACCGAGACGAUGGGUCCCUCCCGGAGGCUGAGGCAGUGACCAGCAUCCUGCCUGGAAAACAACCCUUCCCGCAGGGAACAGGAGCUCCACCAGAGGGACACAGGUCCCAGGAGAUCAGCAGGGACUCCCAGGAGCUGGUGAGUGCUGGGCAAACUGGAGGGGAGGGGGACACCAGGGACACGAGGAGGGACAGCAGUGUCCCCGAGGCUGCCCUGGGGACAGAGGCCAGGCUGCUGCUGGAGGGGAGCAGGUACCGCCUGGCCCUGCAGAGGAUGGCAGGGGACAUCCUGUCCCUGCGCCAGCAGAUCAUCAGCCUGGAGGUGGAGAACGGGCACCUGCGGCGCAGCGUGGCCAGGCAGGAGGAGCUGGGCCAGGCUCUGCUCACCGAUGGGGACCUGGACGUCAUGACUCGGGAGGAGCUGCUGGACAGGCUGGCCACCCUGAAGGGCAAGCUGGCAGCCAGCACGGUGGAGACGAGGGAGCUGAAGGACCGUGUCCAGCAGCUGCAGAACGAGCUGAUCCGGAAAAACGACCGGGAGAGGGAGCUGGUGCUGCUCCAGCGAGCCCACCGGCAGCAGCAAGCUGCCCUGAGGAGGUGCCAGCAGAAGGUGGCCAAGAUGAAGGGCUUGGAGGAGACGGUGCGGCAGCAGGAGAAGGUGAUCGAGGUGAUGGAGAGGGUGCUGCAGGAGAAGCUGGCCGGGGUGGGCAGGAGCACGGAGAAGCCGGCAGGUGAAGCCCUCUCCGGGGAGGUCUACACCGCCCUGCUGGCCGAGAACCGCAAGCUGCGGGAGGAGCUGGCCGGGCCACCCCGCCCCUCGCCCCCCACAGCCCCCCGGCCCCCAGCCUUGACGGGUGGGUUUGGUGGCCCGGAGAAGCUGUCGCUGCUGGCCAAGCUGGAGGAGGCACAAACCCGAGGGCGGGCGCUGGAGAGGCAGAACCUGCUGGCGAUUCCCCCUAGAAGAGGCCAUCCCCUGCCCCCCCUGCCCUAG